AUGGCAGGUGACACGCGGGAUGCCGGUUCCUCCCCCGCCGGAGAACAAAUCGACGAUAAAUCUGCAGUUCAGACUUCCUCUGCCGCAGGCCAAAAACCCAAGCAUGAGCUUCCCAAGUCGCAAGUCGGAAAGUUAUGGGAGGCUUUUGGAAACCCGGAAGAGCCGAUUAAUAUGGCACCUGGAGCAUACAGUAACGCAGGAGGAAAGGCGAAGGAUAUUUCGGUGGCCGAUACCGUCAAAUCUAUCUCUCUAAGCGAGAUAUCAUCAUUCUACAAAACACCAUGUUCGCGCGAUUCCUUACUCAUCGGACUUGGAGCUGGUUUUGGCGUGGGUGGACUAAGAGGUGUUGUUGGAGGGCUCAAGUCUCUCUGGCCAGCAUGUAACUGGGCGGUGGGCUCCUUUGCUGUCUUUUCGAUUGCCGCCUACGAACUUUGCCAGCGCCAACGAGUGAAGGAGAUUGAUGGUAUGAAGCAGGCUGUGGAGAUGAUGAAGGAGCUCAAAUUGAAGAAGCAACGAGAGAAGGAGCAGAAACAGGCCGAGGAGGCAGCGCGUCAGGAGGAGGAGCGGAAACGGAAGAGCUGGACCAAUCUUUCGAAUUAUAAAUUCUGGUAA